AAUAGCAGUCAUUAAGACAACUCAAUACUCCCCUCAGCAAUAGUGCCACGCUGGUUAUAACGCCUCUUCAGAAAGUAUAAAAAUUUGUGUUUUGAAAAACUUUUGGAUUUAAGGAAUUAGUUCAUCUUUAGAAGUUGCUACCUUCCUUAUACUUCAAAAGGCAGUGUCACAUUGAUACCUCCUUGCCUCCUGGCAUGUGGGAUUGUUUGUGAUUCUGUCAUCAAUGCUGCUAGCCUGCAAUUAAAAUACAUACUUUAGAUGUUCUGGGUGCGUUUUUUUUAAGAAUGUUGGAAUGCAUUUUUUCUUGUAAGGUGUAUGGAAAAAAUGAAGUUUCUGAGAAAAAUAUGGGAAAGUGAUGUUGUCAAGCUAUGGCAACAGAUGAUAGGUUUGAGCUCCCUAGUCUAAAAAAAUUUGUUGCCUAGCCUUCAGUAUGAGAGUCACCAUCAACUCUUACUAACUUGCCUGUGAGCGUGCAGCAAACCACACAGGAGUGGGUCCUCCCGGUGUUCUGCAAACAUAUGCCUGGAGUAUUACGCUGCUGUUCCUUGUACAAGGUCAUCUGGAUUUAGAGUCAGAUCCUACUGGGGUACUCUUCCUGAAGUCAGAGAGAAGGGAGACCACCUAUUGCUGUUCAGGUUGGGACUGAUUUUGCAUUAGACAAGACAGCUGAGUGAAUUCAUGCAAUAAAGUCAUCCUGACUAACGAUCAGAAUCAACGCAGUCACAUCUCUGAAAAAGAGCAGAGAUGCGCUUUGUAUUUUUGCUGCCAAGUCAAAAAAAUACUGAUUUAAUUAACAAAUUAAAACAUCUUUUGUUUUUUGCCAAAACAAACAUUUGGAAGUUUAAUUUUUUUUAAAUUUUUUUUUUGUGAAGGCAAGGCCUUGAUUUGCUUGGGAGCCUCUGUGGUCCCUGAGGAGUGCUGUCAGACAGUAAGAAACAUCUCCCUGCCUCAGAGGACACCUCUGAGUUACCAGCUAUUAUGCUGUAGUGGGUGGCCAGUUGGUGUCCUGGGUGGCCAGUUGGUGGCCGAAGGAGAGAACAGGGCAGUUCUAACUGGCCACUGGAAACACUACCAUGUGCUGGGUGGAACCAGCCUAGGGCUGUUGCUGAGCUGAAGCUAAUGAGCAGUUUUAUGGGAACAAGAUGCUUGGAAACUCGGCUGGCUCUCCGAGGAGCUGCCUCCUGCUGUGCUGGGGCUAUCACCCAUCCACAGCAAACCAACCUGCUGGUGGAGAGGAGCAGAGCAGUUGUGUUUGUGUGGCAUGGCGUCUAAGAAACAAACUCUGAGACACAUCUGCCUCCCCACCCUCGUGGCCUCUCCCAAUUACUGUGCCCUUUACCUCACCCUUCUUUAGAGCCCCUUCCGUACGUCUCAUGCCUGGUGCUUUAAAUGUCCUUGCAAUAUUCCCUGAAGGAUGUCCCAUAGCACCUGUUGCUAUCCAGGGUGUCCUUCUCUCUCGUUCUGUUGAGGAACUGACAAUUGGUAAUAGGGAUCCAGCCUCCAAAUAACCAGGGGGAAAAAUUAGGUUUGAGCCUCAACUGUUAUCAUUCCUGGAUUGUCUGUAAUGCUGUUCAGUUAGUGCUACUUGCUUUGCACAAAUAUUAGUUGGAGCAGGACAGGAAUCCAGGUGUCAUCUCUCCCAGGUUCACCUUGCCCUUAAUCCAUGUGAAGACCUGUUGGAAACACCUUCUAGAAACAUAACAGUUUUCAGUCUCCUAAUACAUUCUGCUGUGUCCAAGAAGAGCCUGUCCAAAUGAGCAAGACAUCCCAACAGAACACCGCUACAGAUGCGAACGGAGUAAGCGUGAUUCACACCCAAGCACACACUAGUGGUUUGCAGCAGGUUCCCCAGCUGGUGCCCGUUAGUCCUGGUGGCGGAGGCAAAGCUGUGCCUCCGAGCAAACAGGGAAAGAAAAAUUCCUUUCUGGAUAGAAACAGUGAUGAGUAUCGUCAGCGCAGAGAGCGAAACAACAUGGCAGUGAAAAAGAGCCGGUUAAAAAGCAAGCAGAAAGCGCAAGACACGCUGCAAAGGGUCAACCAGCUCAAAGAAGAAAAUGAACGUUUAGAGGCAAAAAUUAAGCUCCUGACCAAGGAGCUGAGCGUACUGAAAGACUUGUUCCUUGAGCAUGCGCACAAUCUUGCAGACAAUGUGCAACCUGUUGGCACUGAAACCACCACAACAAAUCCAGAAAACAAUGGACAGUAGACACCGUUGCAACCUUAUGAAAUGGACUCUCGAGGUGCAGCUUGUCUGCAACGCCCAUGCAGUAACCAAGCAAAAACUGUUCUUUUAACCAUCAUUUUGUGGAGAUUUUCUUCUUUUUAGGUUUAACACUGAAGAUUUGAUACAAUUAAACUAGAAACUGCUUAGGGUAUUUGUUUUAAAUAUUUUUCUCCUCUAAAAGAUGUAUCUAAUAAACACAGAUCUAAAAUCAUAGUCAACAAGGAACUCAGUAUUGGGGAAAUAGCAUUUUCACAGAAGUGUUCACUUACCUUCUUAUAGUUUGUGUAAUGGGAGGAAUCCAGCAGGAUGGUUCGCUGUAGUAUCAGAAACUCAUCAUUGGAUAAAAUGUCUUUUAAAUAUCUUUGAGUGUAUUUAAGCCCUUUGUUUUCUCCAUUACAUAUUACGAAACUGCGAAGGCCAUGGAGGGCGUUUGUUUUCCUGUUUGGUGGACUACUUUAAAUCUGUAGAGCGAGUCCUAUAAAGCACCACUUAGGUCUUUCCUGUCCUGUUAUAGUUAAUGGGGAGGGUGUAGUAAUAGUGAGCUGGGAUGCUUACUGAUGUUUUCUAGAAAAAUAGCACUAUACUAUGAUGAUAUGUACAGACAGUUGGCUUCCAAAUGGCAAAUGAGUCUGCAGCAUCAUGUACAACAGGUAAAACAACACACUGACAAAGCCUUUUAAGCCUGUGUUCAUAUGUUAACAUUGCUCAUGUAGUGACUGGGGCCUUAUGAGAACAAGAUUUUGGCUUUCAGAAAAUGUCAAAAUGCUACCAAAAACCUGUGCUCUGCAAAAUUGCAUUCUUGCUGGGGUGCAGGUAUCAGGGAGAACAAAAUGUGCAGCUUGGCUAAGCAACAAAAAGGGUAAGACAGCAUCUGUUCAGCCAGAGUGUAUGGAUCACUGCUCAUUGAUGUUCAUCUCAAUUUUUAUGGCUGUUCAGAUUUUCAACCAAGAUCUUACAGAAGUUCAGUGAUUUUAAAAAUAAAUGGCCCUAGUUUGAAUAACUGAUUCAGUGGAAUUUCUAUAGCCAUCAUACAGUUGUGUGAAGGAGUAUCUUCAGUCUUGUUUUAUUUUCAUAAAAGUUUUUCUAUAGUAACUUUUUUAAUGCUAGUGCUAAGUCUUUGCCAUGAUCCAUAAUGCAGUGGUAUGUACUAUAUUGAGGAUUUAAACAAUAAAAGUAAAGCAGGAACUUUGAUGUAACCUUAAUUUAUUUUCAUUUUUAAAUAUUUCAUUGAUGGUAUGGUUGUGUUACAUUUAACCUGUGUGUCUGGCUAGUGGAUUAUUACACUGUCUUAAUUUCUCUUCUACACUACCUUUUUCCAUAGAUUAUUUUGUAGGAUGCUUGUUUGCCUUGUAUCUGUACUUAGGAAGAGAACUUGGAUAUUAUCUCUAUGAAGAUGCUGUUAGAAAAUGAAACCCUGAAAAGUUCUUUUUUGAAUUUAAACUUUAAAUACAUGCGGAAAACUUUUAUGGAUUGUUUUGGAUUAUGGUAGUCUUUUUACAACGAUAAGUUUUUUGGUUCUAGCUGCAGCUUAAGUAGGUAGGGUUGAAAUAUCAGAAGCUAAUAAAAACCUUUUGCUUCUAA